GGACAGCUUAAAAUUCUCUACCCCUCUCCCACCUAAAAAAAAAAUGCACAGCAGAAGUUGGCAAAGCUCUUGUUCCUAAAGCAACAGCUGCUCACAUCCUUAUGCCUAAUUAUCACAGAGCUGGUAAAUAAAAACUUCCCUGUGGCUGCAAUUGCAAAUGGAUUUGCAUUUGCCUGGUAGUCUUAGCUGACAUGGGGCAGGACCAGGGAAGAGAAGAGGAGCAAAAGAAAAAACUCUUCCCAUUUGGAUUUUUCUUCUUCUUCUGAGCAUAGCUGUAGGCUGGGAUUAAUCAAACACAGUUAACACAAAAUCUGAGAGGGAGGGAAAAGGGAGAAGGAGAACAUUUGUAUGCAAUUGAGAAGGAACAGCUUUGGAACAGUCACGACUUGGAGACUAUUUGAAAGAUAAAUUUCAAGCAGAAUGUGUUGAUUCAACUUUAGGAGCAACAAGGCUGCUGUAAGUUUAGAGAAACCUUUAGAGACAGCUGGCUCAAGGAUGUUUGGUGCUUCCACUCCUGGAAUUUAAAGGUGUUCUCUUCUGAAGAAGCAGCUGUCUUUUUGAGAAUGCCUGUGCUGAAUAGGUUUUUCAGUGUAUCGGACAAGGGUAGGCAGUGGGGCACUGAAGAAGAUCAGAUGCCCUUGUCCACAGACAACCUACCCAUCUGUCAACAGGGAAUUCUACCUUGGGAGUUGCCUGAGAAGUUCAGAAUCAUAAAGCUGAUCUGGAAAUCCAAAAAUGAGCUCACAAAGACAAAGAGGAGAGAAGUUCUGGAAAGCGAUGGGAGUCCUAAUGUUUUAUCAGGAGAUGCACGACUGAGAGGUCAGAUUGGGGUUCUUUCUGAGCGACGUGGUUCCUAUCCAUUCAUAGAUUUCCGUCUUCUUAACAAUACCAUUUACUCGGGAGAAAUUGGAACAAAGAAAAAGGUUAAGAGACUAUUAAGCUUUCAGAGAUACUUCCAUGCAUCCAGGCUAUUGCGUGGAAUCAUACCACAAGCUUCACUGUACUUACUGGAUGAAGACUACCUUGGUCAAGCAAGGCAUAUGUUAUCCAAGGUGGGAAUGUGGGAUUUUGACAUUUUCCUGUUCGACCGCUUGACAAAUGGAAACAGCCUGGUAACCUUGUUGUGCCACCUCUUUAAUGUACAUGGGCUUAUUCAUCAUUUCCAGUUAGACAUGGUUACAUUAUACAGAUUCUUAGGAAUGGUGCAAGAAGAUUAUCACAGCCAAAACGCAUAUCACAAUGCUGUCCAUGCUGCUGAUGUCACACAAGCUAUGCACUGCUACUUAAAAGAGCCCAAGCUUGCUAAUUUCCUCACCCCUCUGGAUGUUAUGCUUGGAUUACUGGCUGCUGCAGCACAUGAUGUAGAUCAUCCAGGAGUCAACCAGCCAUUUUUGAUAAAAACCAAACACCAUCUUGCCAGUUUAUAUCAGAAUGUCUCUGUAUUAGAAAACCAUCACUGGAGAUCUACAAUAGGCAUGCUUCGAGAAUCAAGGCUACUUGCACAUCUGCCAAAAGAAGAGAGUCAUGAUAUUGAACAACAACUUGGUUCCCUGAUCUUGGCAACAGAUAUCAACAGGCAGAACGAAUUUUUGACCCAGCUGAAAGCUCACCUAAAAAAUCAGGAUUUGAAAUUAGAGGAUGCUUCAGACAGGCAUUUUAUGCUCCAGAUUGCACUUAAGUGCGCAGACAUUUGCAAUCCUUGCCGGCUCUGGGAGUUGAGCAAACAGUGGAGUGAGCGAGUUUGUGAGGAAUUCUACAGGCAAGGUGAUCUGGAGCAGAAAUUUGACUUGGAAAUAAGUCCUCUUUGUAAUCAGAAGAAAGACACAAUACCUAGUAUACAAAUUGGCUUCAUGACAUACAUUGUGGAGCCACUCUUUGACGAAUGGGCCAACUUUACUGGGAACACUCGUUUAUCUGCAAACAUGCUGAACCAUCUGAGAAGGAACAAGACCAAGUGGAAGAGUUUGCUUCAUAAGCAACACAGCAUCACCGUUGACCACUCAGUUCAAAUUACUGAAAAUGAAGAGCAGACUUUUAAUGAAGGAGAAACCCCAUAGAGGUGGUGCAGCAACAAAAUCCUACAGGUCUGUUGGCCCAUCAUCAACAAGACAGGAAAUGAAGAAAGCAGGAGGAAAGCUGAAACUGCAGUGAUCUCCUAAUGGAAAACUUACAUUAUUUGUAGGUUUGAUUUUGAAGUGCCACCAAAUCUCCCUUCUUCAUCUUACUAUCUGAAGCCAUUUGUCACCAGUGAUCAUAAGCUGCUUGAGUAAGAUACUGAAGCUGGACUGAUAAGCAGAAACCAACUAAAAGGAAUAGUGGAGGACACAGGAAAGACCAGCGCAUUUUGAGUUAGCUGUUCCAUUGACUUUGGGUUAUACUGAGACAGGUGUUGAACAAUGUACAGUCAAUUGGCAGCUGGGCUGCACAUUAAAACCCACCACCAGCAUCAUCAGAACUCAGAGGACAUUUGGCCACGCAAGAAAGAAGUUUUAACUGACUAAAGCCUUUUAUAAUUUUUGUAUUUGAUGCACUGGAAAGGCAUUUAAAGAACCUUGAAGUAAGGUUA